CCUAAACAUCACUAAUUAUCAUAAUGUCUUCAAAUAUUUAAGAUGCUUAUUUUACAAAUGAAAUGAUAAAUAUCAAAAAUAAUUAUGACUUAGAAAAAGAAUUGUGUGAAAUUGAGACUGAAUAAUAGUUUUUUUCUGAAUAAUAUUAUGAAAUACUAGGUUAUCGUAUUGAGGCCCGUGAAGAAAAAUCUAAUAAAGAUUAGUAAGAAUUUGUUUUAAUUGUGUUUUAGAGAGAUCAAGAAAAUUAGGUUUAGUUGUAGAAAGACCUCAAAAUCAAUAAAAAAAGUGAUUAAUUUGAAAAGUAACACUAAUUAAGGGAUAGCAUUAUCAAUUUUAGCUUAGGAUAGUCUUAAAAUAGAUGAUAUGAAAAAUGAGUUAAUAGAAGUGCAAAAUUUAAAAAAAAAUAAAGGGGGAUGGCAUAAUGAAAGAUUGGAAGCGUAAGAAGAGCAUCCAGCCAUUUUCUAAUAAGAAAAUAGCUUCCAAUUAGAAAGUAAUUAUAUAUUUAAUUUAAAUUCAGAUUUGCUGCUCUAAGGCAAAAAUGAUACUAUUAUUGCAAUUAAGAGUGUUGAUUAAAGUAUAAAUUAAAACACCUGCCAAUUAAAUAAGAACAAAAAAUUGUUCAGUUCGUCGCUAUCUAAUUUUGUUUCGGAUUGAGAUUACCCCUUAUUUCUGAUUUAAUCAGAAAAAAGGGGUUGAGAAAAAGUGCAAACACAAAUUAAGUGAUAAACCUUUAAUCAACAC